AUGAAGUUCCUCUCCACAAGCUUCUUCCGUCCCCUUGCCUUCUUGGGACUGCUCCUGGUAACAGCUACUGCCUUCCCCACUGCACACGUUCAACUUGAUUUCACAGCUGAACCAACCACCUCGCCAAUUAAACUGACAACGGCUUCACUUGCCUUUCAAAAGUUUUCAGAAGUCUACAAGGAUGUCAAGGAACUGAAAGAUGAGAUGUCUGAACACAAUGUUGAAACAGUCACACUGGACGAGCUGACUCUCCCAACGAUAAACGAAGAAGACGGAUGCCACUACCUUGCCUACAACUGGGAAACAUGCCAGUCAAAAAUCAUCACUGGUCUUCUCGAGUUCCAGCCUUACGUACAGUUCAUACAGAACAAGUCUCAGGAUGCCUCUGAAAACGAAAAGACUGAAAAAAUAUACACUGGUUUCCAACUCCUGAGUCAGCUCGUGAAACCUGAGGCCAACAGUUCAGAAGAGACAGUCUUGCCCAGCCCAACUGCAAAUGCCAACGUGCUGGAGCACCUGAAGUCACAGAAUGAGGAUGAGGCUCGCUUGACGGUUAAACUUGUCCUUCAAGGCCUUGAACUGUUCCUUCAGGAGAGCUUGAGGGCUAUUCGGAAUGCGGAGUCAAAUGGGGAGAUCUAA